AUGCUUCUUCUUCUACAAUUGAUGUAUCCUCUUGUCUCGCACCCUGCUUCUUCCAUGUACCUAUUUGCACCACCGCCUGCAAGGACCUUCAACAAGAUUCGGGCUUUAUUCGAUCUUAUUUUACAGUCGUUAUCUUUAUCUCUCUCGUUCCAAAUCCAUGGACCGAUCCUAGAAUACAAUGAUUUAUACUCACCAGUCAUAGGGAGCGCCCUUAAAGUGUUUGAUGAAAUGCCAAAGAGAAAUAUGACAGUCUCAGAUUGUAUUCAUGGUGCCAUCAUCCCCGCCUAUGGCUCCUCCAAGGUUAACUGCCCCGUCUCCGCCCACAGCUCCACGUGCAGUUUGCUCGGAGCCGUUUCUGUCGCACCUAAGGUCACUGAGCCUCCACUAGCAGCCGCUGAUCCCGCCUCUGAUGCUGGUGCCGAACCGGACCUCACCGGGUCAAGCUAUUCUUCUUCUGACAGCUCUUUUAGGCCUGACUUGGACACUGAUCCCAUUGAUGAGCCCGCUUCAGCCCCUCCAAAGCCCGAGUUGCCCCUGCCGGCCCCCUCUUCCCUGCAUCUUAUGACCACCCGUGCUAAGGCGGGAAUUUUUAAGCCACAUUAUCGAGUUGAUCUUGCCCAUCUUCGGUACUGUGGACUGUUAUCGACUGUGCUCUCUUUUCCAGAUCCGGUUUCUCAUGUCACUGCCUUGCGUGAACCUAAAUGA